CUUCUCUUGUGUAUUUCAGUGAGCUCACCGAUUGAUGCUGAUAUAUCUAGACAUGACCUAAAUGAAACAGCUAUGAUCUAGAUAGAUAAGCAGACCAUCAUCAGGGACACAUAUACGGCUCUAUUUGGCUAACAUACGACUGUGUGUAUGGUGUCAUAGUAUCCUAUACUACACUCUACCCACUCAAAUACACAUCUAAACGUCGACACCUCAGAGCUACUAUUGAUAUAACUGAAAUACCUAGCAUUAUGGCGUUUAUUGAGAUAGAUGCCACUACACUUGGCGUAGUAGUCGUGGUUGCUGCAGUGGUGUACAUAAACCUUCCUAAAGGCUACUUAUUAUCACUAUUAUCAUCAUCUGCUGAGGAUACGUCCGCAUCUGAGAAUACAGCUAAGAAGAAACGGAAAAAGAAGAAAACAGGCGCAAACAGUGAGUUCAAUCGAGACGUGGACACGCUUAUAGAGGAGGUCGCACAUAGCGGUAAUAUGAACAACAAGCAACGCAAAACAGCUUCUAGGAAAGCAAAUGGUACUAAGAAUAUCCCAACCAAUGUUAAAGUAGACGAUAGUUUGCCUGUGUAUGAAACCGAGGUGCACGGCAGCUUCAUUAAGAAAGAGAGUCAAAGGGAAAGGAAAGCCAAAGCUAGGGCCAAAGAGAUCAAGGGCGUACCUAUGCCGGUAGAUGAGAGCGACGACGAGG